UGUCGGUGCGCGCUUCCGCCCGGCGCGGCGGCCGGAAGGUGAUGUGGCGGGGAGCGCGGCGCGAUGUCUGCCAUCUUCAACUUCCAGAGUCUGCUGACUGUGAUCCUGCUGCUCAUAUGUACCUGUGCCUACAUCAGAUCCUUGGCACCCAGCUUACUGGACAAAAAUAAAACCGGACUGUUGGGGAUAUUCUGGAAAUGCGCCAGGAUUGGUGAGCGGAAGAGCCCCUACGUGGCCGUGUGCUGUGUGGUGAUGGCWUUCAGCAUCCUGUUCAUGCAGUAGCAGCUGGAGAGCAUCCCCGAGUACCCAACAGCAGAGCAUGGAACAACUUGUGUCAGGGAAGGAUGGGAAAGCAUCAACCAAGCCUCCUCUCACACCAUGGAUCACCUGUCUUCUGUGGGCACCCCUGGACCAGCAUUAGUGACCAUAGCCCAGGUGGCACAUGCUUGUUAAUGCCAGGUCAGCACUGACCCUCCUGCUCUAACUCRUGGAAGGGUGUCUGCUGCGUGUCUGAGCUCUUUUGUUUACACCCUAGUUGAAAAGGCUUGCUGUUUUUAAUUCUUUAAAAUUUCUUGUCCAGUAGACCUGUUUAAUGAAACUUUAAAAUGGUAAAUCAAGCCACAGCAAUAAGACCACCCAUGGAAGAAUAAAGAGCGUUGUGACUUUAGGGGAUGUUUAUCAAA